CAGAGUGUGUGCUUGGUGUGUGUUUGUGUGUGAGCUAGAAAAUGGCGGAGGCUAUUUCUCAGGAGGAAGAGUCUUUCACAUGUCCAGUGUGUCUGGAUCUGCUGAAGGACCCAGUGACUAUUCUCUGUGGACAUAACUUCUGUAUGAGGUGCAUUAAGGGCUGCUGGGAUCAGGAGGAUCAGAAAGGAGUCUACAGCUGCCCCCUGUGCAAACACACCUUCACUCCCAGACCUGUCCUCUACAAAAACCCUCUGAUUGCUGAGAUGGUGGAGAAAUUUGGGAAGAUCAGAAUCCAGACUGCUGCUCCUGUUCUAUCUACUGCUGGACCUGGAGAUGUGGAGUGUGACGUCUGCACUGGGAGAAAACUCAAAGCUGUGAAGUCCUGUUUGGAUUGUCUCCUGUCUUACUGUGAAACUCACUUAAAGGUUCACAAUGACGUAAACCCAGGAAGAAAACACUCAGUGAUUGAUGCCACAGGCCAGCUACAGGAGAGGAUCUGCCCUCGUCAUAAGAAGGUGUUUGAAAUAUUUUGUCGCACUGAUCAGAGUUGUAUCUGUUACCUGUGCACGAUGGACGUACAUAAAGGCCACGACACAGUCACAGCUGUAGAAGAAUGGACCGACAAACAGAAACAGUUGGGGCAGACCCAGAGGAGAUUCCAGCAGAGAAUCCAGGAGAGAGUGAAGGAGCUGCAGGAGCUGAGGAAGGCUGUGAAGACUCUCAAGAGCUCUGCACAGACAGCAGUGGAGGACAGUGAGAGGAUCUUCACUGAGAUGAUCCGCUCCAUUGAGAGAAGGCGCUCUGAGGUGACAGAGCUGAUCAGAGCUCAGGAGAAGGCUGAGGUGAGUCGGGCUGAAGGACUCCUGCAGAGACUGGAGCAGGAGAUUGCUGAGCUGAAGAGGACAGAUGCUGAACUGGAGCAGCUUUCACACACGGAGGAUCACAUCCAUUUCCUCAAGCAGGUAAACGGCAUUUCGACAACUGCACUUCGUUGUUCCCGCACGUCAGUAAAAAACAAUAUCCCAUCAUUCCGAUACUCUCCUUGCUCUCCCAGCAUGACCAUCAACCAAAGUGUCUCUUUUGAUGCUGUGAAGGAAUCUGUCUCUGCAGUGAAGGUGCAGCUGGAGGAGAAACUGGAAGGCAUCUUCAAGCAGGAAGUGGCCAAGAUAUCUGCAGCAGUGGCUCAUAUCGAGAUCCUCCAGUCUUUAGAAUAUACUGAUCCUGAACUCCCAAUCAGAAGAACAAACAGUAAGAGCAGCAUGCCACCAACCAUGUCUGAUGUUUCAGUGUCUGGUGUUUUUCCUGAACCAGUGACCAGAGAGGAGUUCUUGCAGUGACAACUGGGCAUGCUUGUGUGCGCAGGAAAGCAUCAGGAUUCUCCGAGGGCUGCAAAGAGAAAGUGGACAAAAUCAAACAUGACUGUUGUUUCGCUCCUGUUUGUUUUACAUGCAAUUGAUGAGUUAGCCUCUGUCAGUUUGUGAGCCAUGUUUGCAUGUGUGUACACCAGCCCUUACAAAGGAAACAUAACUUAUGUCUGACCCACCGUUAAAACGUGGAAAAUUGCCUCAAUUUGGCUGCGCGCCUUCGAGUUUGAUGGAAAGAGCUGCGGUAAAGCGGUGAAGACGGCGAUGGCAUGUUCAACUAGAUCAAAAGAAAACAAAAUCAGAUAUGAAAAAUAAGCACUGAACUCAAUAUUCUCAUCACUAAACCCACCACACCAUAUAACUCACCGCCGUCCAUGGUCAGGGGGGCCUUCAUUACAUGCUUCACCACUCCAUAGUAUUGGACCUUACCAUAGAACGAAUUCCAUCUUUCUCUCAAGUCUUUCAAGAAGUCAAUGUUGUCCUUUUCAACAAUUCGACGAAACUCAUCCAUGAUCUGAAAUAGAAAAGAAACACAACAGAGAAAACUAAUUACUGUUUUGAUAGUAAUAACCGGGAUGAGAGAGGAUAGAAAGAUGAGAGAAAAAGGGGGAAAGAGAGAUAGAGAGAAGAGUUGUAUGGCUGAUAAAAGUCAUUGUCUUACAUGGUCAAGAUCCCGGAAGCAAGGAUAGGCCUCAAGUAUCUUGCCAGGCCUAUCUUGCUCUCUGAUGGUAUCCGAAUCAAUAAACUUUCUACGGGCUGAAAACUCUAGGUUAAGCAGUUGUGAGACAGCAGCCUUAUUAGGCUUCUUCGACUUAAACAUCAUCUGUAGUGUGUGAUGAUGCUGCGCCUGCGUCUUCUCACUAUCCAUAGGCUCAGGAACUGCAAAGAAUAGAGAAACAAACUAUCUCAGUUCAUCAGAGAUCUGCCUGGCUGUAAUUGUAACUUUUUUACAGCCAACUGUAAACUUUUGACCGGUAGUGUAGGUUCCUUAAUAAGACUAAUGGUCAUUGGUCACUGGAUAAAUUUACACAUUUCAGCUAAUGACCUCUGAUGGCAUAGUUGAAAAUUAGGAAAACAAAAGACUGCAGUGCAGGCAGACUGUAUUCCAAUAAAAUGCAAUCUACCACUCAAACUAUAUUACCUGAAACCUACUUAAUCUAAAUAGUUUGACAUACAAGUCAAAUGUAAUACCUGUGAGUGUGUUUGGCUCAUCUUCGCUGUCCCCCAGUUGUGAUACUUGGUUGUCCCUUUUCGGGGUACUCGCCCUGAGUGAUGUUUCCAAGAUGACUGUAGAGGCGCUGGAAUCGCAAUCACUGAAGGUAGAGCUAAGACUCUCAUCAGCAUCCCCAUCUGGGCGCUGCUUCUUGGCAGGUGGGGCUUUAGAUUUGGAUUUGACAGGACUUUUCAUGUUUGAUAGUCUCUUCAUGAGUCUCUUAGACACAUCUUCCUGUAAAGAUAUACAUCUCAUUUAGACAGGCAAAGCAACGCCAUUUUCAUCUGUAAAACUAUAAUGACAAGAAUCUGUGCAUACCCACACACCGUCUGAUGAGUUGUCCUUUAUCAUUGGGUAAUACUCUACUAGACGCUUAGCCAUGGAAGUGACCUCAUGUUUUGUUGGAUAACGGGAGUCCUGAGAUGCACGGGCAAUGGCUAUCAUGUUUGUCAUUGUGUUUCGGACGAGGCGGCAGUAAAGCUCCUUCGACAAAGUGACCUCUUGUUCUUUUCCAAGUCUCUGCUUCUCAAAAUAUGAACGUCUCACCUGCUCAAGCUCACUGUCAGUAAAGAUAACAUACUGCAUACUGGAAAAUUUUAAAACAUUGCUGGGAGACACCACAUCACAUGGAGGUGUUGAUGAUGACCUAGCCAUUGCAGAGGGGUCCUCAUCCACCUGUAUACAAGAACAUCAACAAUCAAAACUUUAACAUAUUAAGCACUAAAUGAAUACACAAGAUAUGUAGGCUACCAGAAUAAACGAAUCUUAUGACUGCUUAGCAGUAGUGCUAGUGUUAUAGUUACUGUAGUGCUUCUUACAUGGUCCUCCACGUGGAUUUUGAGCCAAACAUCUUUUCGUCGAAGAAAGUGCUCUGGACCAGGAAAGAGAUCCCUAAUGUCAUCUCUAGACAGUGUGCGCAGGAUAUCCUCAGUGAUAUUAGCUGCUGUUGAGUAUAAAGCACAGACACCUCAAUAUCUACAUUUAGUCAUUUAGCAGGCAAUUUUAUCAAAAACGAUUUACAAGGGAGGAUAAUAUUCCAACUACGUUGCAACAGAGACAUUAGUAUACAGUAAAUAGGCUAGUUUGUGAUACCUAGCCAUGCUAACUAGCGCCAUAGCAUGAACUUGAUAAACUAGCUAGUAAUAGCUUAUAUUUCAUGUUGAAAUGCAAUUUGAAAAGAACAAUACAUACCUCUGAGCGUGGCAAGUGUUACUUCGUCGAAAUCUUCCAUGUCCAAUAAAUUGGCAACACUUAAAUUCCUCUUCUCGGUCACUUCACUUUUCUCAUCAAACGCAAUGCAUAUACGUUAGAAGUAAUGCGCGCCCAAACCUGGCUCAAACCAAACAGGUGGAAUGUACCAAGUGCUUUCCCACCGAAAGGGGGAGGGUGGGUAGCCUAAUCCAAAGAAAUGUAAAAUGUACUUUGCAUUCCUCUUUGAUAUUGAUCGAUUUUUUUUAUUGAAUUGACACUGUACUUUCAAGUAUGUUAGAUAAAUGCACUUAUGUAUUAUUAUAUGGACAAUAACAUUCAUUUUGAUAACACAUUUGUUUGGACUCGUCCAUUCUUCCGCUUGCUUUGAAAAAAAAAAAAACUUCAUUUGAAAGAGAUAUCAACACUUGAGAAGAUGUUGCAGCAAAGUGAUCAUUAUUCGUUAGAAUCUAGAUACAAGCCUCAAACACGUUUGAUGUACUGUAGGUUAAAUGCUAAUUUUUUUCACACUGCAAAAACGGUUUAUCUAAUACAAUCCAACAAGUGUUAUUUAUCUUAUAUCAAGAUCAACUAAAUACAUGGGCCUUGUUUUCAGCAGGCUAGGCUACAUUUGACUUGAAUUAAGGCUUUGACUUAUUUUAAGAUGUCUCAUCUUGAAAAUAAGCAAAUUUGUCCGGCAGUGCGUUAAGCAAAUUUGCCCUAAAACAAGCAAAUUUGUC